AUGGGAAAGGGGAAGACUUUAACAGUUUUAUUAUACUGGAUCUGGUUUUCCUUUGGCUUCGUUGUGCAUGGUAAGUAAUACCACCGUUUUUUUUCCAAAGCGGUUGACACCGUAUCGCUUUUCCAUAAAUCAUCAGCUCUAGUAACUCAGAGCAUAUAGGUGAGACGUCGGUCAUAAUUAAGUACAAAUGAAUACAAACAGCACUGAGGUCCAGAUAGGAAGACAGCUUAUCAUCACUAACACAUGAUGGUAACAUUUAAAUGCUCAGUAAUUUUGUCUGUCAACAAAGUAUUUAAAUAAUCAGUUACGGGAUUAAAUAUUCCGUUAUAAUGAUGUAUGUACUGUUAAUAUAGUAUUCAGAAACUACCAAUUGAAGUUGAUACCUUCGUUUCAAGUUAGUGGCUGUCCAUUUCAAGAAAUAUCGCUUUGUACACUUAGCUCGACUUUGAUUUUCCGUGAUACGUGAUGAAAACAAACAAGAUCGGUUUUGUACACAGAGAGGCUGACAGGGAAAAUUCUCAUGUAUUGUCAAACUCAUAAAUCAAUUAGCCGCCCUUUCAGUUUCGUGUUGGGGUCAGUAGAACAAAAGCAUACGCAGAGACUAUUGAGAAAGUGCAUAGUUGAGUCAUGCGAAUUUUUCGCAAAAGAGGGUCCUUAUCACUUGGCACGCCAAUCUACUGUGAGCUAGAAUUUUCGCGUGAUCGAGAAGAUGCAUUCGUGCUUGGGAUCUUGUACACGUGGUGAAAUAAUCGUAUUGAACAGUCACGCGAUCGUUCGCUUGAAAGAAAAACAAUGUAGAGAACGACCUGACAAUAAUGUGUUUUGACGGAGUGGACUAAACAAAUUGUACAUGGUAACGAAUUGAAGAAGUCGCCCUUUUCGGGUCAUGCUUUGGUAUCUGCGAACUAGGAUCGGGACGCAUCUCAUUUGUUCACAUCGAGUUCGAUAUCAGGCUGAUUGCCUGCUUGAGCGGUUCGCAGAGUCUACAAUUCAUAAUUCAUUCCUAGAAUUAAUGACGCUAAAAUCUUGUGUUAAGUGUUCAUUAAAACUUUUGUAACAUUGGAACAUCUGACAUCUUUUGUUUAAGCCGGAUGGACCAUGAAUUUAUGACUGCAACACUGAAGAGUCACGGACGUUUUAUAAUAACAUUUUAGACAUUUUCCUGCUCAUUUCCUCGAACUGAAUAACUGGACCCAGCUGAACAGCGUGUUGCCGCCAAACAUGCAACUUCAUAAGCCGGUUUUAGAAGAAACGUCGAGUUGCAAUGUGAAUAGCCACUAUUUACGCUAAACUGAACAGUGUAAAGAAACAGAAGGCAUCUACUUCCUAUGUCGUAAGCGUGUUUUAAAAUUGUACGUAAUAUUAAUUGUCCGGAUCAGUUACGUAGACUAUACUUUUAGAUCUCGUAUGCAUAAUAGAAAUUAUCGUACUUGCUUUUUUAAGUGUCACAGCGACUUCAACAAAUUGAAGUAUGUGCUUUUGCUGGUAAGUUAUACACGAUUAAAUCUCUGGCCUUAACAUAACGUUACGCUCCUAUUUCAGGAGCCACAACUACAAAACGCCUGGCGUGCUCCAACGGUAAACUUACCUUAUCCGGAGAUAAAGCUCUGAGAAAUGCCGGGGUGACUUCAACAAUAACUGAUUACUAUUGGAAAGUGCGAUUCUCUCAGACAGACUGGGCAGACUUGAUUCACUGCAGAAGCUCCGCGUUCUGUACAACUAUUACAUCAGUAUUACCAGAUGGAACAAAAGUGCAAGUUAGUGCUAAUGGAGCUUUAAUAACCUUGGAACAUAGAGCUGGGAGUAACGCCAAUGACCACGCCGAGUUUCUCUUUGAAGUUAAUCUGGUCAAGAACAGUCAGCCAAGUGUCGAGCAUCACAUCUUUGAAGUAGAAUUUACUGUCAUCUGUGAGUGUACAUGUCUUUUAUUAUGAAUUUAUUAACUGAAGCUAGACAACUUCGAGAGCUCAGAUGGGCCACUGAAAUCUAUAAUUUCUUUUCACCCUCUGAAAAUCAAACCUUUUCACAUGCAUUUGGCACAUAAACAUAUUGCAUGAUUAAAACAAAAUCGCCCACUACAUUCCCUGAAUGAGGUGCAAACUGUGUUUUAAGAUAGUUAAGACAUUGUCCUCCGGGUGUUUUCACACUGUUUGGAACAGUCAAUUGCUUCAAAAAAGGGAAUUUUUAAGAGACCCAGUGAUAAGAGUUAAUCAUAUAAUUUAUCUGAAUUUUAUUUUCUCUUUCUCUCUGUAUGUAGGCAUUGAAACGCGGAUUGGAGGAAAAGCUAACUUGACCAAGUUUUUACGGGACAAGCUACCAUGGAAUCAAGUGAUUGAUCUGAAAUUCACCGACGCAAAUUCUAAUAAAAUUGCAUACUGCAAUACUAAACAGUGUACGACAACGGUAAACAAGAAUGGGAAUGAUCCCUCCUUAAACUGGACAAACCGUUUUGAUGAGACGGAUGGAGCGUUGGUACUGACUGAUAUUCAAAAAGCUGACAAUUGCCGAGAGAUUAGGGUUGUGGCUCAUAGUGGGUCGGGUGUCGGGAAAGUUCAUCCAGAAAAGAUAUGGAUUCUAGUAAAUACAUGUUCAGGUAAUCAUACUUUCGACAUGUAUCGGGUUUGAGUUUGACGAGCCAUAGGCCACUUAAAUUGAUGAUUUUGGUGGAGGAGCUGCAAAGCCGUGUGGAGCUUUGAAUGGCGGCUCGCGAAGCUCUCACUCGCGCAAAAAAAAAAAACAACAAACAACAACGAUUACGUCAGCUGUUUAGCAUUAGGUAACAUCGGCUGAAACCAUUGUUUCUUUCAGCGCGGAAAAUUAAAUGAAGAACAACUUAAGUCCAACUUAAAAGUGUAAUAUAAAAUAAGAUAGAUAAACACACCUGGAAUGCUCUGAAGCCGGGUCGUUAGCUUCAUAACGUACAUCUAUAUCCACUACACCAUCGAGGAAUGGCUGCCAAAUCCAGUAAUUUUUAAAACAUGCAUGUACCCGUACCUAUCACAGUUUUUGAAAGCUAGAGGUUUUCAGUUCAAUGCUUAACCCUAAUCACUGCAGAUCAGUGCUUAACUCUUAAGUAUGUUCCCUCCUUAAUUGUCGCUCUGAAGUUUUUUCAGCUAUUCCACAAGGUUAUUGGGGUCUCUGUUUCAGUCGCGUUAGGCUAAGACAAAAAUGCGUUGAGUAAACCUCAUAAGGUGUCCACGCUGGCUUCACCCGAUGUUAUCUAAUGCUAAGACGUCAGUUACGCAGGCUACCAAAGUCUGUUGUGUCGAAUUGCAUUAUGGGACUAUAUUGGGGGACGAAUUUUGACCCAGCAGAAGAUAGAGUACAGUACGUAAGUUAAAUUGGACAGAGAAUAGAAAGAGUUUUACAAGACCGCGCCUGAUAAAAAUCGAAUGUGCUGGUCUGUUCAUUUGCUUAUAAAUUUGAAGAACUAGGGGAAACAUUGCUUUAUACACUAUAUUAGUCAACAGAACAUUGAGCAAUUUUAUGGUUUCAAAUAUAGAACUCGUUACGUCCAGGGUACAGAAUUCCAAUUUUUUUAAUUAAAAAAUCAAAUUAGCCAACCACCCAUGUGACUACAUCUGCAAUGUUUAAGUUUCAGCUUUAUAAUUUAUUUCAGGAAUGACAUCACACGCUAGUGAAAUUCAUACUGCGACAGAUCAGCCCAGUGCCUCAACAUCCAAAACUGUCUGGCCAUCUAGUACUGUCUCAAAGUCAAAUGGAGUCUCGCUAUUCAGUAGUGUGCAAUCAGCAACCAGUGUCUCGCCGUCAAAUGUGACUUCUGCAGAACGUACUGGGUACCCCACAACAAGCUGCGUUACAACUGUUUCUACAAGAGUUUGGAUUGUGGUUAUUUCUGUCCUUAUCACAUGCAUCGUUGUAUUUGUUUGA